GCCAAUUGCUAACACCCGUAGCGAUUUUACCUUGUGCCACUACACAAGAGUUCUGCCGCUCUACUUCUACUCAAACAAACGAAACUGAAAGAAAAGAAAAGAAAAGAAAGGUUAGGAAAGUUAAGAAGUGCGAAGACAAACAACAAUGGCAGCUCCUCACCCUCAACCGCACCAUCAUCAACCACAAACCCUAGAAGAAGUUCGAACCCUUUGGAUUGGUGACCUUCAAAUUUGGGUUGAUGAAUCCUAUCUUCACAGUUGCUUUGCCCAAACUGGCGAGGUUAUUUCUGUGAAAGUCAUACGUAACAAGCUUACUGGCCAUCCAGAGGGGUAUGGAUUUGUUGAAUUUGUUUCACAUGCAGCUGCUGAACGUGUUUUGCAAUCAUAUAAUGGAACUCCCAUGCCAGGAACUGAGCAGCCUUUCAGAUUAAAUUGGGCAUCUUUUGGGAUUGGAGAAAGAAGACCUGAUGCAGGUCCUGAGCAUUCUAUCUUUGUGGGUGAUUUAGCCCCUGAUGUUUCAGAUUAUUUGUUGCAAGAGACAUUUAGGGCUCACUAUCCUUCAGUUAGGGGAGCAAAGGUUGUAACUGAUCCUAGCACUGGUCGUUCAAAGGGAUACGGGUUUGUUAAAUUUGCAGAUGAAACAGAGAGAAACAGAGCCAUGACUGAAAUGAAUGGUCAAUAUUGUUUGUCAAGGCCCAUGCGUAUUAGUGCUGCCACUCCUAAAAAGUCACCAGGGAUCCAGCAGCAGUAUGCUGUAGCAAAAGCCUUAUAUCCCGCUCCAACAUACGUAGUGCCGCCAAUCCAACCAGUACAACCAUUGCCAGUAGAAAAUGAUCCGAACAAUACUACGAUAUAUGUCGGCAAUUUGGACCCAAAUGUGACAGAAGAAGAGCUUAGACAGCAUUGCUUGCAGUUUGGAGAGAUUGGCUAUGUCAAGAUACCAGCUAGUAAGGGAUGUGGCUUUGUGCAGUUUGCAACUAGGGCAUCUGCUGAAGAAGCUAUGCAGAAGCUGCAAGGAACUGUAAUCGGUCAGCAAGUAGUGCGUGUUUCAUGGGGCAAGAGCCCAACUGCUAAGCAGGACUCUGCUGCAUGGGCUCAGCAAGUUGAUCCAAGUCAGUGGGGUGCAUAUUAUGGCUAUGGGCAAGGUUAUGAUGCUUAUGCAUAUGGUGCUGUUCAGGACCCAUCCUUAUAUGCGUACAAUGCAUAUGCUGGGUAUGCUCAAUAUCCUCAACAGCCUGAAGGUGUUCAAGACAUGGCUGCUGCUUCCAGUGUUGUUCAAGGAAUGGAGCAGAGGGAGGAUCUAUUUGAUCCCCUAGCUACACAGGAUGUUGAUCGGCUCAAUGCAGCUUAUCUUUCUGUCCAUGGAAGUGCAAUGCUGGGACGUCCAAUGUGGUUAACAACCUCUUCACUUGCAAGACAGGCUUCAGUUGUAAACGGACCUCAGUAGUUAUUUCAUUUUCGACUGUUUUCAGUUUUCAUCAGUAUUAACAAGCUACAAGUCAUGCAAGCUCCAUCAUUAGCAGCUAGUUUUUCAGAUGCUUCUGCACAAGAUGAGUAGAUACAGUAACAAUACAUAAAUAUGUUGUGGCAGUCUUUUAGUGAUUAAAUUUUUGCCGUUGUAUUAUACGUAAUAUAUGCGAAGGCAAUGUUAUGAUCUUUUGGUGCUGGUUACAAUGGAAGCUAUGGAGCAACUUUGCA